UGCCGGGCAAGAUGGCGGCGAUACGGACGAUGUGUAAUUGCCAGUGGACAUAAACAGGCAUUUUAUUUAAAAUACAAAACCCAGUCAGAUCCGUUUACACACUCGACCGCAGUGUGUGGGUUUUUACCGCGCAACGGGCGUCGACGUCUUUUAUAUUUCACGCGUUUUAACGUUUCUUUCUGGCAAAAUGUUCACGUUGUAGCUCGCUCGCUAACCGACCAGCUGGCUAACAGAGAGCAGUUACUAGCUAGCUAGCUAUCUAUCACAGCCAAGCCGCCGUGAAGUGUAGAAUGGGAGAAAAGCUUGAGCUAAAGCUUAAAUCGCCGGUUGGAGCAGAACCCGCAGGCUACCCGUGGCCAUUACCAGUAUACGAUAAACACCAUGAUGCUGCUCAUGAAAUCAUCGAGACCAUUCGGUGGGUGUGUGAGGAGAUCCCAGACCUUAAACUGGCCAUGGAAAACUACGUACUCAUUGACUACGACACCAAGAGCUUCGAGAGUAUGCAGAGACUUUGUGACAAGUACAACAGGGCCAUCGACAGCAUUCACCAACUGUGGAAAGGGACCACGCAGCCCAUGAAACUGAACAAGCGUCCUUCCAACGGGCUGCUGAGACACAUCCUCCAGCAGGUGUACAACCACUCAGUCACCGAUCCGGAGAAGCUGAACAACUAUGAGCCCUUCUCCCCUGAGGUGUACGGAGAAACCUCUUUUGACCUGGUGGCUCAGAUCAUCGAUGAGAUGGAAAUGAUGGAAGAUGACACCUUUGUUGACCUUGGAAGUGGAGUGGGGCAGGUGGUGCUGCAGGUUGCAGCAGCAACCAACUGUAAACACUACUACGGUGUAGAGAAAGCAGACAUUCCAGCUACCUAUGCAGAGACCAUGGAUAAAGAGUUUAAAAAGUGGAUGAAAUGGUAUGGGAAGAAGCAUGGGGAGUACACACUGGAGAGAGGCGACUUUCUGUCUGAAGAAUGGAAGGAAAGGAUCGCCACCACAAGUAUUAUUUUUGUGAAUAACUUUGCCUUUGGUCCAGAGGUAGAUCACCAGCUGAAGGAGCGCUUUGCUAACAUGAAGGAAGGUGGAAAAAUUGUAUCCUCCAAACCUUUUGCACCUUUAAAUUUUAGAAUAAACAGUCGAAACUUGAGUGAUAUUGGCACAAUAAUGCGCGUGGUGGAGCUUUCUCCUCUGAGGGGCUCCGUGUCCUGGACUGGAAAGCCAGUUUCCUACUACCUGCAUACCAUAGACCGCACUAUACUUGAAAACUAUUUUGCUAGUCUCAAAAAUCCUAAACUCAGGGAGGAGCAGGAGGCAGCUAGGCGACGCCAGCAGAAGGACACGAAGGACAGUAAAAGCAAUAGCACCACGCCCACAAAACCUAAAGAACAACUCAAGCAGGACUCCUGCGGUGAGGAGGAGCGUCCUAGCCUGGUGACAGUGGUCAAGCCCACUGCCAAACCCCGAAGAGCCCGACUCCUGCCCAAAGCACGCAAGUUGAACAACAAGAAACGUGGUCGGCCCAAGAAAGCCGCCCCGGCUACUGACAAGAAAACCAAGAAAAAUCAGAGCGCGUUGGAUCUGCUGCAUGCCAAGACCCUUUCUGCUGCACCGCCUCAGGAUGCAUACCGGCCACCUCAGAGUCCCUUCUACCAGCUACCUCCCAAGGUCCAGCACUAUCCAUCUAGUCAACUGCUUCUGGGCCCAACUCCUCCUGGUCUGCAACAACUGCUAGAUAACAUCAAAGUUCAAUACCUCCAGUUUAUGUCCUACAUGAAGACUCCUCAGUACCGCUCCAACCUGCAGCAGCUUUUAGAACAGGAGAAGCAAAAACACAGGGACCUGUCAGGGCAGGCGGAGCAGCUCCACUCUGUUUGUCAGUCUCACAAGGACAAGAUCAAAGGUCUCUUUCAGACCAAAUUAGAUGAGCUGGGAGUAAAAGCCUUGACUGUGGAGGACCUGCUGCAGGCCCAGAAGGAGAUAUCAGCCCACAAUCGUCAGCUGAAAGAGCAGACGAAGCAGCUUGAGAGAGACAUGGCUCUUCUGAGAGACAACAGCCUGCUUCUGCUGAAGUCUCGGUGUGAGGAGCUAAAGCUAGAUUGGGGCUCUUUGUGUCUGGAGAGUUUGCUGAAGGAGAAGCAGGCACUACGCAGACAAAUCUCUGAGAAACAGAGACACUGUUUGGAGCUGCAGAUCAGCAUUGUGGAGCUGGAGAAAAGUCAAAGGCAGCAGGAGCUGCUUCAACUCAAAUCCUACAGCCCCUGUGACGGUUCCCCGUACAGGAAGAGCCUGGAGUCACGCUCUUCCACAGACAUGGACUCCUCUAAGCAUGGCCUGUCCUCUGCCCCAGUUCUCAAUGGGAUCAACCCAGACCUAUCUAUCAAUGGCACCAGCUCGCCCUGUUUUGACCGGGCCAACACCAAGGGGGAGCUUCUUUCUCGCUACCUGCCCAUCUCUCCAGACCACGAGAUUGUACCUGCCAUCCCUGAUGCCCGGCAACGGCAGCAAAGUUCCUCCUACGCGCUUCCUGAUUAUACACGCUUCUCCCCCGCCAAGAUUGCCUUGCGGAGGCACCUUAACCAGGACCCCUCUUCUCACUUUAGAGGUCCAGGGCUGACCAUGCACAGGGAAUUUGGCGGUGUUAACUCUCCGCUUGGAGGCAAACUGAACUGCCCCUCUCCCAAUGCAUCUGAUGCCCAGAAAGGGUUUGAGAGGGGUGGUAAGGAGAGGAGCCCAUCUGUUCAAGGUGACAACAGCAUUACGAGCCUUCCAAUCAGCAUCCCUCUGAGCACGGUCCACCCAAGUAAACUACCGGUCAGCAUUCCUCUGGCCAGCGUGGUGCUGCCCAGUCGUGCUGAAAGACUGAGAAGUACUCCGAGUCCUGUGUCUCAGACAGGACAGAUCAAUGGAUGUUCAUCCAGCUCAGGGCUGAUGAAUGGCGGCUCCCAUCCUGAGGACCAUAAUGGUGCUUCUUCAUCACCUCCUCCACACCCCAACACUCCUCUCACAGGACCAAUGGGCAGAGGAGGUCCCAUCCAGAGCCCACCACUCGGCACUGGAGGCGUGCUCCAGUAUGCAGAUGGGCCCCCAAGGAUUCUUCCAGAAGAUGGACAGGAUCGCCAAGGAGGUGAAUCAGACACGGAGCCCCAGGACAGUGAACUGCGGAGGAGAAUCUUCUUCUCUUCUUCCUCCUCUUCAUCCUCGUCUUCCUCUUCGUCAGGCAGCGGAGGCAGCGCGGCCGGAGGAUCCCGCCUCCACCAUCACACUGGCAACAAGCAGGGAUACAACAGUAACCAUGGAAACCACCACCACCAGUCCCCCGGCACACAGCACACUCACACACCCACACAUAUGUCUUCAUCGCACUCAUCUCACGGCCUCGGAUCUCAAGAGGGACGCAAGCGGGGGAGAAGGAAACGCAGCUCCACGGUGCCGGUCAACGCCAGCGGAUCCCCAAAGAGGAGGUCAUUCCCCGGGCUCAGCGCCAACAACCACUCCUCAGGAUCGCCACUCAACAUCAACUCCAUGGUGAACAACAUCAACCAGCCUCUGGAGAUCUCUGCCAUCUCCUCCCCAGAACAAUCAAGCCGCAGCCCCAGUGGGCCUGACCUGGACCAGCCUCCCAUCUUGAAGAGAGAGCGUCCCCUGGAGAUCAAUGGCACAAGUCAUUACUCGUCUGCCCCCAGCUCUGAUGACGAUGACUCAGGAUACCCUGCCGACAGCUCCAGUUCACGAAUUGAAAGAAAAAUUGCCACUAUAUCCUUGGAGAGCAGAGAUGGACCUGGUAGACUAGGAGAUGGUGAAAGAGUCAGGAAGUCUGGUAGCAGCAGUGGGAACAGCACGGGCAGCGAGGCCUCCUCUUCAUCCUCCUUGUCGUCUACCAGCAAGUGGAAAUCCACCUUUUCACCCAUUUCUGACCCCAAGCAACCCAACUCCGACCUGAGACAGGGGGGCUCUCCCUUCGGCAUGGGGGGGUCAAGCCGGGGCACAGACUCAGAUUCUGAUCACAAACAACAGCAUCAGCAGGUGAGGAAAGGAAGUGAUGGAGAGUCGUCCAGCUACAUGAACCCCAACCCGUUCCUCAGUCAGGAGGCGGGAACCCGGGGUGGAGGCAGCGGCGGUGGCGGAGCCCAGGGAGGUAGUAGUUUAGACCAACGCCAGGCCCUCCAGAAACAGAAGGCCCCUCGGGACUGGGACAUGAAGACAAGCAGCAGCUUGGCCAGUCAGAACCUCUUCAUAUCUGCUGCCGCCAACAGUGGUGGGGGAAUUCUGAGUGGAAAGGUGGGGGGCAGCCCUGUAGCAGUUUCCUCAACCACAGGAUCCUCAGUGGGGCAGUACCUGGGGUCUCAGUUCCCACUCGGAGGUACCUCAGUCCUACAGUCCUUGUUCGGGGCUCAGACAGGCGGAUCCACGGUGAGUGGGACACCGAGACUCGUCAACGGACAUUCUGCCCUGGGAAGCUUCUCCAGUGCUGGGCUGACAGGGGGGGCGGCUGGAGGUAUAUUUCACCACGUGGUGCCCACAGUGUCCUCCCAUCAGUUUGGGGUGACGCUGCCCACGUCUGGAGGCCUCAGCUCUCUGCUCAGUCUCUCCUCCUCUUCCUCUACCUCCUCACAAACGCAGCAGCACACCACUCCCCAACCAGCCUCCACGCGCCUGGCCUCCGUGUCCUCCUCACCUCUCCCCCUCUCCCUGUCCCAGGCGCAGCAUAGCCGCACCCAGUCGGUCCUGCAUAGCCCCUCUCCUCCCACGCUCACCCUGCCCCCUCCUCCACCCCUGCACAGCACCUCCUCCUCAGCAACCACGCACUCUGACGCCCCGCCAUCGUCUCGAUCCGACUCCCUCCACUCCUCCCGUCUGUCCCACUCCUCUCUCCACCACCAGAGAGCACAGUCAUCCCUCUCUCUCUCCAUCUCCUCCUCCACCUCUGCCUCCUCUGCUUCUAUCUCUGCUGCCGCCACCGCUACUGCUUCUUCCUCUCUGUCCGGCUCCUCCUCGUCUCGUCCAUUCGCAGUGCACUACUCCCCUCGGCUGCCCCCUCCACCACAGGCCAGCAGCUCAGGUGGUGGCGGGAGCAUGUGGAGGAAUCAAGGCAUGCAUGGCACCUACACCACCUCCCAGCUCCCUGGCUCCAGACCUAGAUAGGGUUUGGGGGUAAGGGAAAGGGGGAAGGAUGGAAAGGGGAAGGGCGAAAGGCAAUCAGAAGGUGGAGAGGGGGAGAGAAUGAGAGAAAGAGAGAGACUGGUAGGGAGUGAGAGAGACAGAAUACCUGUUUUCCUUUGCUCCCACAAGCUGUUGUUCUGAUUGAACAAGGUAAUUGUUGAAAACUACCUCAAAAUUUAAUAAACUAUGCAAAUGUCCAGGUGUGGACCAAGGCACUCUCCUCACUCACUGGUGCUUCAGAACUUCUGCACUACCCAACCGCCUCCAAGACCGGCUUCUGUACUGGGAGAUACACACACACACUCACACACACACACACACACACACACACACACACACACACACACACUAACCACCACUAUGGUCACCUUGAGCAGAAGUCAUAGGUACUGGUCAUGUUUAAGUGUGGACUGCUUAAAUGAGGAUUUGAAGAUUUUACAACAUGGAAAUCAGUUCUGAUUUAUCAAGAUGUCGGGUUUAAAUUAAAGGUGCUACGAUAGGUAUGAUAGUGUGUCUUUGUUGUCAUAGUUAGGAUAAUAGCAACUAGUAAAAAUAACCCGUUUUAAAUAAUUUAAUGUAACAUUAAAUAACAGAUUGAAGCACAUAGUCCACCUUUUUGAUCUGAAUCUCAUGUGUCACGUUCCCUCCAAAGUUUCACUUCAUAAGAGUGCAUCAACUUAAACACACAGACCAGUUCAUUGAACUCUGCUCAGAUGGCAUGCAGGUUUGCCUCUCUGCAUGCUUGCUCCUCUUAUCUUCGUCUUCUUCCUUUAGUGAAAUACAAUAUUGUAACAUAUUUGAGCAUAAAACAAGAUAAGGAACUUCAUAUUUUGGUCUGACAUCACACUGGAUAGCAGGACACAGUUACUCGUGUAGCAAAGAUGUGCUCACCCCGGCUGGUCUGUUGACAACUCUUAAACUCUGCUUAUGUUGAUGAUUUACAAUAUUUUCAAAAUUAAAAAUGUGGGUUACUUACUGUUAAGUCUCUUUAUUUCAAAGCAAAGUGGCACAAAAGUCAUAAUGCUCAAAUGAAUAUGUUCUUUCUUUGCUACAAGCUGGAGCAAAAUCCUUGUUUAUUAUAAUUGAUGAAAAAUUUCAGGCUUGGUUCAGUGUUUCUCCUCUAAUAUCAGGUAUUAAACAUAUCAGUGAAAGUUUUGUUUACAGGGAAAAAAAGCUUAACAGAUAUCAGGCAGAUUGAUAAAUAGCACUACAUGUAAGAGGACAAAAAAUAUGUAUUUUGGGUCAAACUAUAACAUUUUCUGAAUGAAUUAACUGAAUAAUAAAGAAUAUGGGUGUUUGUUUCAAAGUUUGAACACAACUGUGUUCUCAUUUCUGCUUUAUUUUGAAAAUAUGGUGAAUCAGCAACAUUUCAGCGGGUGCCAGUAAUGCAGAGCCGAUAUAUUUUAUUUGUAUUAUUUUAAAUGACCCCAUGAAAUUCAUAUAAUGAGAUGGUGCUAUGUCGACAUUGUCAGCCACUUUCUGUAUUUAUUAACAUUUCCUUCCUCAGUCAAUUUGGUAAAUCACACUACUAUGUGGGAAAGCAGCCGAAAUACUCUUACAGCAGGAAUUUUUAACUCUUCUUAAGCUAAACUUAUUCGUAUUUAUCUCUGCUGUUGGGAAAUACAGGUUUAAUCAAAUGUUUAGGACUUAAAAUGUUGAAUUAUACUGCAUAUAGUUUAUACAAACACGUGCACACUCAUGCAUGCAAAUCCUCACACACUGAGAAAACAAUGAACCAUAACCACAACAAACUACUGGACUCUCUUCACACCUUUUUGUUUGCUUUUUUUUAUUGUGUUUUUUAUUUUUAUUUUGUAAACAAUGUUUGUACUGUGAAUGUGAUUCAUUCUCCGACUGUAUAGUUGUGUAUAAUUUAGAUUAUUAUAUUUAUGCUGUCAGUCUCUCCAUUUGCCUUGGUAUUUGUUUUUCUCUUUUUGUUUUUUUUAAUCCUGAAAUGUGUUGACAUUGUAGAAUGCAAUAGUGUGUGUGUACUUGACUCACAGUCUGAAAAUAAUGGUGCUAAAUUUGGACUGUACCUGAUCUUAUUUAUUCUUUAGUGAAAACAUCAAAAACAAAUCGAAUACUUGGUGCUGUACACAGGGACAUUUGUAAAGCCAUUUUCUGGCUUUUCCUUUUCUCAUAUUUAAUAUACUUUUGUCUGGUUCUUUGAAUGCCUAGUGUAGACACCACCCUUUCGAUAAAACUACUCUGCAACAGCUGAAUCAGAGUCUGAGUAAACCGGUAUGAGGACCUCUGUUCAUGUUUCUCACGCUGCAAGUUUAAACACAAAUCAGCCCGCUUUGCUCUCAGAAGCGAGCUGCUUAUCUGUUAGUGAACAAGACACACUGUUUUUGUACAUAAGUUUUUGUUUUUCCUUGUAUGUCUCUCUACCAUAAACAGAAAGGUAUAUAAAAUAUGUAUCUAUAAACAGUCUAAAUAUAUAUGAGUCUAUAUAUAAAUAUAUAAAAGUGAAUAGAGGUGUUUUGGCGCUGGCAUCGUGACCUUAAACUCGCCUGUUAAACAGGAGGCUUGAAGCCAAGGAGAGUGAAGCAUUGCCACCACAGGACCUUAAUAGAUGGUGCCUAACAACAUGGCGGCACAGCAGCACCUGAGUCCUUGUGAUAGAAGUAGAAACUCAAAAGCUGUGUGUAUUUAACACAAACAACGGUGCUGUGGCUUGAACACAACUUGAUUCCAGCACUAGAACUGUCAUAACUUUGAUCAGUUUUUACAUAUUUGUUUCUUUUCUUUUGUCUUUUUACCAACCCAGAUUCUGCAGGAAAAAAUGGUGCUUCUGUUUGCAGACAAUGGCAAUUCAGAUCUUAUAAAAAAGUCUUCACUGGUGCAUACAAAACUAAGUGUCAACGUCUUACACACACUGUCUGUCUUUAGAUGUCUUACUGGCCUCGCCAUGUGAGCAUAUUGUGUCAUUGCAAAGACAUGCCGAUGUAAAACUCUUGUGUUAGGAUGUACGUGUGCAUCACUUUGUCAGGAGUGACAGCAGCCAAGCUUCCUUUUUUCUCUGAUAGUGGGAAUACACUUGAGCUUAGUUUGUGUGUGUGCUUUUUUUCCCACUUACCGGUGCAUAUCUAAGGGAAGAAUAGACUAAUAAUAAUCAAAGCUUUAUUGUAAACUCCUGUCCUGUGCACUCACAAAUGUGUUGCUCACCUGCGAGUGUUCAAGUGAAAAGUCAUUUUAGAACAUAAUUAGAGACUAUAGUCCGUUUGUUACCAGCACUGAGAGGUCUUUUGUAAUUAUUGUUGAUGCUGUUUUGAUUUUCUUAUUCUUGGUGUUUGAUACAAUUGCAGUUACAUGUUAUAUGCUUUUAAUGGUGUCUUCAGAUUCCUGUCAGUUUUUAAUACUACUAGUCAGACAGACAGCACGGUGCUCUCCUUCACUUAAAACAAGGAAAUUGCAGCUAUUGAUAAAUACUACUCUUCUCCUGUUGUGCUGCAGGGUUUUAUGGUUUAAUAAUCUUCAACGCGAGCUUGCCUGCCGGCUUUCUGACAGUCCAGUUUAACUUUAUGGAAAUUUCUCUAAUCUGGAGGGGCGGUGUGGUGUAUGUGACAGUGAGAAUAGUUUGUAGGAGUUUCAACAUUUGCCAUCAUUGCAGAGUUCAACCACUUUUGUAGCUACUUAUGUAAUCAAAGGGAUAAGGUGCUGUUAUUUUAAUUCCUUUGGUUUAUGAGCAUGAUUUGAAUUAAAGCUUCUAUGCAGUUCUCCAGCAAGCUCCAUCCUGGUACAUUAUUAAUAUAAUAAGAUAAUCUGUGAGAGCUUUGCAGUCGAGG